GACUUCUGCUUUCUCUGAUCAGUCUCGCCCCUCUGCUUGCUUCGCUGAGCGAGGUCCCAUGUAUUGCUUCGUUGCCUCCACUUUUCUCUCUCAAUCUCGCUUUCCUCGCUAUCCUCGGAAAUUGACGUUAUUGACUCAUUUGUCAUCCCCAACCACAGACUUCGAAAAAGGAACAGAUCGUGGAAUCCCCGAAUGUGGAGAGGAAGAGACCUUCGGAGUUGCUAUAGUAGACGGCAAGAACUUGCCACUGCAUUUGUCUCUGCCAACCGUGGCGAAUAUCCCAAGUUGGGAGAUCUCGAUUUCAUCGUCUAUGUAACCGACCACGUGAGCAUCAACUACUGGCAGCGAUCAUCGGGAACAUACUGGUUGGAUUGGAUACUGUGGCGAUGGACUGGUGGCUCAAUUGUUAUGCGCGGAGAUGGGCGCGGACUUGAAGGAGCAGUUGGUCGUAGGGCAGAUUUGCCCUGUGACGUUGGAGCGGCGCUAACGUUUAGCAAAUUUGGCAGCGGACCAUGUGAUGGAGACAAAACCGAAGUAUUUUCGUAUGCGCCAUAUCGAAUACUUGGUGAAGCCGCUCGGGUGGCUGGGCAGGAUGCGUCAUUCUGUCGAUAGUAUGCUUUAACGAGGGCAGCAGUUGCGUCUCCAAUAGCGGUAUGGCGCGAGAUAAUGACCGCGAUAUGGAGUUUGAACGCUUGCGUUCCGCUGGCGGUUCUUGUCCACGGCGACUUGUAUCCCCAUGCGCAGUGGACCGUUCUGCACGAGAAUCAUCCGGAUAACUUCGGGUAGGGUAGGAUAUAGAGAUAGCAGGCGACGAAUACAUUUGCUGACCUGCA